GGCGUGACACUUUCAUUAUGCGUUGGUGCAUCGUGCCGGUGCCUAGAGCAAGCGGCCAACAGAUCUGGCCACGAUCCGCGAGUGGUUGUGUUGAGAUUAUAGCAGCAGUUCUAGUACUGGGACUAAUGUGAGUGACGAAUUUUCUCGUGUUUAGUCUGUAGAUCAGACGACUUGAAACUGACGAUGGACAGUGCACUUUCGUCUGGCUAAAGUAACAGGCCCAGUAAAAAGUAUCGCACUGCAUGCUAGCUGUGCACACAUUGACGAAGUUUGUUGCAUGGAAUGUACCGCAUUUUGCACGGCGAGACUGUUUCUUUGAUUGUCUCAGACGACUUCGUGGCAUAAUGUCAAUGUCAUGCAUGUAGGCGCCACCGUGUAUGAAGAGGUGAUCAACAUCAGGUUUACUGGCCAAGUUCAUAUUGAACUGCUCAGGAGUGCACGAACAAAGCCAGAGAAUGCACACGGUAAAUGCACAAAGCUUGUAUUGCAGCCAUUGUUCAAUUUCCCAGAUGCUGAGAAUGGUGAAAUUGGAGAAGCUCUUGGCAAAAAUUGAAGGCUUGAUUUCUCCAGAGACAGCUGCUGAACUCCCCUUCCUGAGCCCUUGCCCCCACAUAUCAUGGAAACAUGCGCUCCCGGAGUCAGGCACAGUACAUACUACAACUUCGCCAGGAGUGGCCUGGGUCCCGUGCAGCAUUACAAGUCCGCCUCGGACGGCGACUCCCCGGACGCUUCCAUGCCCAUGGGCAGUCUGGCCAGUCCACUCGUUGACAGCGGAUACCGGGAGGGCAGCGUAACCUACAACCACGAGGAGCUGGUCUCUGGGGGCUACAGCUGGGGUGAGGGGCCGGUCAGCACAGGACCUCCGACAAUUACCCCAGUGAGCGGCCAACUUGAAAAGUUCAAGCAGCAUUGUAUGAUCCGUCCAGUCCCCCUGAAGGCAGCAUCCCCAUCCCGCUCCUUAGACUCCCCCUGCAGCACCUCAUCCCGGCGCAGCCUCCCCGGCUCGCCAGCCAGCAUGCCAGACCCCCACCCCAGUGAUCGUCCCCAUCAGCAGCAGCCGAUGCAGCAGCAACAAAAGCAGCAACAGCCCCCAGACGUCGUGCUGACCAACCACCCGCAGCAGCAGCACAGCUUUGCUGGCAAUCACUUCAGUGGGUUGCCAACGAAAUGUCUGUCCCUGCAGGACAUUACGCCCAAGCAGAAGAACUACCAUGACAACGGACCACGUGGUCCUUCAUACGGGGACACCAAGGCAUGGGGCAAGCAGCCAGCCCAACCCAGGCGCCUCCAGCCGGCGCAUUCCCUGAACUACCUCAACCGCACCGCCCAGAACCUCCAAAACCAUAAGCUGCUGCCAGACUAUAAGCGGUGCCACAUCAGCCAGUCCAGCAGCCAGGUCGACAAUCGCAGCCGCAAUGGGAGCAGCGGCAACAGCGGCAAGAAGCCUGUCCGCGUCAGUCACGUCAACCCAUCUUACGGCCACGUGAUGGAUUACAACAGCAACCGGGUGGACAGGAAGUCAUCAGCUUCAUCCUCAUCCCAUGUGUCUUUGGUCGUGGAGGAGACAGAGAUGGAUGAGAUUGCUGCGCUCAGGCAGAAAGUGCUGGAGAAGGAAGCACAGCUGACCACACUGCGGGACACCAUGGACAACAACGAGGCAGCCAUUUUGAAAGUUCAUGAGGAGAAACACAGAGUGUGGAACGAGGAGACGUCGUGGCUGCGGAAGGAGCUCCAGGAACAAGAGGAUACCUCCAGGAAGAUUCGUCACUCACUGCAAGCGCAGAUUUACAAGCUUGAACAGGAGAAGAAAUCUCUGCGGGAGAAAACUGAUGCCUCUCAGCAUCCACCCAGUAAGGAGGUGGAAGACCUGAAAUGGCAGCUCAGGAAUCUCAAGGAGCAGUUGAGCCUCAAGGCCCAGGAGAUCUCCAACCUGAGAAACAAGCUCACCUACCAAGAGCAGCGGCUGAGCCAGCGGACCAAGGCCGUAGCCUCGCUGGAGGCAGAGCUGGAGAGACUCAAGCAGGAGAGACAGACUACGGAAGAGACUCCAGAAGCCUGCAAGAGGCUCCUGAAACAGAAGGAGGCGGAGCUUGGUGAGGCCCGGGUGGAGACCAACCACUUGAGGGAUCUCAAGGAGAACCUGGCCCAGGAGGUCAAGCUCCAGGAGGAGGAGCUGGCCCUGCUGAGGACAAAGGUCAGCAGCAAGGAUAAAGAGCUGAGUCAAGAGAGGUGUGAGGUGGCAUACCUGAGAGAGGUCCAGGAGAAACUCAACCAGCAGCUGCAGAAGAAGGCCAAAUCAGGAGGAGGCCUGCUGCCAGGAAAAGGCAAUCCUACGAGCAAUGCGAACAGCUUGAAGGAAAAGCUGGCUCAGCGGGAGAAAGAAAUUGCUCAGGUGAAGGAGCAGCUCAGGAGGGUACAAGAGGAUAAGGACCAAGAGGUUACGAAGCUCCGACAAAACCUUAAGGAGAGGAGCAGUGAGAUUGAGAAGCUGCAGAAAAAGCUGAGCGAAGCAGAGAAGGACCGCAGCAUGCUCAGGAACAAGCUGUCCAGUGGGAAAGCUGGGGGCGGCAACAAGAUGACGCCCUUGCAGCGGCAGCUGGAGAGUGACUUCAUGGACUUGCAGGUUAAGCUGACCACACGGGAGCGGGAGGUGUUCCAGCUGAAGAGGGAGCUGGUGCUCCUCCAGGAGAAGAGUGACAGCAAUGCGCACAACUUGAAAGUGCAUCUCAAAGAGCAGGAGCAGGAGCAGCAGGUCCUCCAGGACAGGUUGCGCCAGCGGGAGACAGAGAUUGGCUUCCUCAUGGACAAAGUGAAAUCACGGGAGUCUGAAAUUGCUUCACUGAGGGAGGAACUGGAAAAAUCUGAGCCUCGUUGCCGGGCUAGAGACUCUGAAGACACCCAGCGGAGGGCAGAUGAGUGGGAGAGAGAAGUGGCCAUGCUGAAGAGCGAGUGCACAGAGCUACACACUCAAGUCUCAGACCUGAGAGAGGAAAGUGCAAUGUACAAGGAGAAACUGGACAAGAUCAGCAAGGGGGUCCGCAGCCUGAGCACCAGCCAGUCCAAUCUGAUCAACCUGGGCAAGACAGGCAAGCUUCCCCAAGGAGCUACCGCCACCAAUUCAGGGCCCCCUGGGACCACAGUUGAGGAUUCUGGACUCCAAGAGGAGGUGGGGUCCCUGCGGGAGCAGCUGGCAGAUACCAGGAAGCGGCUGCAGGGCCAGGAGGCAGCCUUCGGGCGGGAGCGGCGGGUCUGGCAGGAGGAAAAGGAGAAGGUGAUCAAGUAUCAGAAGCAGCUGCAGCUGAAUUAUGUGCAGAUGUGCCGCCGCAAUCGCAGCCUGGAGAGCGAGUUACAGCAGCUGACCAUGGAAUUAGAACACAAGGAGAUCAGCCACUGCUGAGAAAGAACAAAUCAUGUCACACAGAGCUCCUUCAAUCCAUUUGCAGCCAACUGAGCUAUCAGUGCAGAAGUUAUCAGGUCUGGUUGUAUGUUUCGGACUGCUGGGUAAAACCCAAAUCUGCCUUUUAUCCACCAGAAUCAAACACUGUUUUUGUACACAAUUAUUCAUGGAUUUAUCUCCAUGUAUAUGACUAUUUAGAGCCCAGUUACAGUGCUUGAUCUAAAUGUACAUGUAGGGGCUACAUACAAAAGUGUUAUAUAAUUAUUUACCCAGAAAUAUCCCUAGUGAACAGUCCUCAGAGUUCAACGGAUUAAAGUUGGAACGGAUGCUUCUGAGAUGCUUACUUGAAAUUUGGAUAAAAAAUUUUUGUGGAUUGCCUUGAGGCUGAGUGAGCCAUGAAUGUUUUGCUCUGAAAUUUUGUACAAGAAAACUGUAUUGUGUGGUUGGAAGAUUGUUGUUAUGCCAAGUGACUUUUUUAAUGUUACUACCGGUAUAUAAAAAGGUUCUGAUAUCAGAAUCAUCUACAUGUACAACAGUACACUUUAUCUUUGGCAGUAUCUAUUUGUUUAUGAAAUUGUGAAUGCUGCCCAUGAUAUGUGGUGAACAUAGGAACAAAUAUGUAAUUGAAAAAGUGGAUGGAGAAAUCUAUUUCUGAAUUGCAUCUAUAUGUACAUGUUACUGCUGUGUUUUGGGCUUUAAAAAUGCCAAUGAGGAAUGAACAUGGUCAUUCUGCCUUCAGUGGCAAGCGUACAUUCUGCAUGCACAUGUUUACAUACAUGUACAUAUACUGUAUGUGCGUGUGUACACAACCUACAUGUACAGUACAUGUACAUGUAUGCCCCAUACUGCUUUUUGAUGUCUGGAAAAGCACUUGAGCUGGGGUCAGAACACAGCACAAAAACAGAAGCACUACAAGUGUUGGGUCAGCAGAGUUCAGGGCUAUUAACAAUCACCACAUUUUCACCUAAUCCCCCAACUAAAUUGUGCUCCCUGAAAACACCCCCUUGACAUUGAAUUCACAGGGGUUGUAGUUUACAAUGGCAGCUCUUGUGCAUUGCAUUUGCCAUAACCACAAAAAAGAGCUGCAGGGUCAUUGAAAGGGAUUUAUUGUCCAGUGUAGUCUCCAUCUCAAGCCUGGAGGGGAAAACAAGGAAACCCUUGUCUUGGAUUUAUUCGUUUCAUGGGUUUUUUCUCUCCAGGUCCUGUUGACAAUGGAUUAAAAUAUGGGUAUGGGGAGCCUAAUGGAACAAAAUCAGCGAUGAGGAAGUACUUAUAUGUGUACCGUAAAAUGGUGAAAAGAUUUGAAACAAGUAUUUGAUCAGUAGCCUACUUUUAUUUAUAAUUUUGCAGGAAGAAGUAAUUGGAAUGUGUUUACAAUGACAAAAGCUAUGGAAUUUAUUGCAGACCAAUUUAUCUUCAGUGUUAAACUGUUUACAUAUACUGGUAUAUUCAUUACUCAAGCCUUGAAAAUCUGACAAAAUGGGACAAACUUAACCAAUUGUAUAGUUGGAUCUUCACUUAGCUGAACUGGGUGAUAAAUUAUCAUUACUUGGUUAUGGGAAAACCAUGCAAAGGUGUGGGAAUCUGUGGUGAGUGAUCCAGUCUCACUACCACACAACCCCCUCUCCCCCACCAGGGCAGCCUAAAUUUAACAGGUUUCAUUUUAAUUGAAUAUCCUCCAGGUAUGUAUUCCAUUCUGACUUCCAAAGUCAUUCCCCGGGCUUGUUUAUCUUUGUACAUAAUCCGACUCAUUGUUUAUUUCCAGGCCAGGGAUUUUUUAAAAAUUUUUUUAUUGCAUUUGUUUAUGGUUGCCCAGACAGCAACAAAGAGAGCCCUUGUGUGUUCCUCACUUCGUAGGAUUUCAGCCUUUCCUUGAUAGUCCCGUCAGGGUGGUUAUCAGUAAAACAGGAAAAAUAUCUUUUUUUGUAUACAUGUUAUUGAAAGGUUGACUGUGAAAUGUGCAACCCAACUUACAUGUAUGCUUUUGUACAUAGAUCACUAGCUGAAAUUGUGGGAAGUGACAUUUGAAUGGAAUUGUGAAGAGUUGACUAUUAACCCAAAAAUUGAAUAAUGUGCAAAGCUGAUAGCAAAGCCGAUAAAAAAUCCUUCCAUGGGAAACCUUGACAAUACUGCCAUACCUCAAGUCCCUCUGGACCUCUCCUGGACCAUGACCCGGUGCUCCAAAUGAGCCACUUUACUAGAUUUGUUGGGAUUGCUGAAGCGAGGGGGCCAGUUUGUGAUUCAGAGCUUUGAUUUCUUGUAGCAGGCCUGGUUUCUGUUUACCCUGGGUUAUCUGAUCACCAGGGUUUCAACCCCAUUAGCGUGGGUGGGAAGACUAGGGGUUGUUCGAGGGAACAGGAGCUGAUUGUUUCCGUCUGUUUCCCAAAGUGGUUUCUGUUUCGCAACAUCACAGCGGUUCCCACACAACAGAGUGAUUUAUUCAUGAACUUCUGCUCUGGAUUUGAAAUUGAUUCUGUAAUUAGUCUGUAUACAUUACACAUCCGUGAGUGCAUUAUGAUCUUUAUUUUUGUCUGCUUGUACAAUGCCACUCAGAUGUGCAACAUGGUAGAGUUUGGAAAAUGACCAAGCUGAAUGCCGUUUUUCCCACAUGACCCACAUGAAAGGGGCAACUCAGAGAAGGCAUGAUUGCUACAAAUUCAUUAAUCCAGGAUGGUCAGUUUUUUCUGAUUCCCUAUAUUAUACCCUAAUGGACGGUGCUGCAUGUAAUACAUUAGACUUAUAACUCGGACUCGCCACUGAAUGCUUCCUAUUCGUUUGUUCCCGUGGUACAUAUAUGUACAUGUGUCUUGUUUGUAUUACAUUUUCUCAUUGAUAUUGAGAAUGAGAAUUCAAAAGGGACAGGGAAGCACCUAAUAUUCAUCAGGAUUUUAUUAUGUCUUAGGGUUUUCCACUAAGAAUUCUGUUUUUUCUGAUUCUACAUGUACAAAUAGAAGUUGUGGAGUCCACAACUUUGCAGGUGUGCACAGUAUGUCUAAUCAGUUCCAAUUUCAACAACUCAAGUCAGAGCACGUGCAGAAUCACAGCAUUUGUCAUUGUUUGCAGUUUUUUUAUAAACAUCAUAUUAAGACAGAUUUGAUCAACUCAUAGGAAUGCUGGCCUUAGUCUCAUCUCUAAGGGUCUCGUUCCUGGUCUUGGUUCUUUCAUCAACUCCACAGGACAACUCAGGAUGUAGACUAGCUCCCUUGGACAUUGUACAUGUAGUUCAGGAAGACUGCCUCCACAAUUCAUUUUAGUCUCCUUAGCGUGAAUAAUGGGCUUAGAAACCUCCACUGAUGCAGUCAAGAUCAGGGAAGUGUAGCAUUAGAAUAGUUAAGUAUCAGGAUCAGGGAAGUGUAGCAUUAGAAUAGUUAAGUGCUUCUUUUUAUGGUCCUUUUAUUUUUCAAGCAACUCAAUGGGAUUUCAGCCUUAGUUCAACACGAAGGUGGUCAGAUCACAUCCUUGCUGUUCUUUCAUCAACUCUGCUUGACAACUCACCAUUGUAGACAGGUAGUGAUUCUGCCCUGCUGUGAAUAAAAAACCCACUCCCUCAGCAGUGGACAAUUCUAGUUGGGCUAGUUUACACCUCCAAUGUACCAGAACUUCACUUAUUGAAAACUCAAGUCUAAAUAAAAUCACUUAACUUUUGUUCCCACGUCCACUGUAGACAAGGUAGAAAAAACCAAAUUAGACUAGACCAUAAGGACUGAACCAGUAACAUUUGGUUCAGUUCAGAUCUUAUGUUGUAACAAGGUUUAUAUUUUAUUUUUGGUUUAACUAGGGAACAACUCAUUAUUGUAGGGUAAUAGUUUGCUCUGUGGUACAGCUCAAAUAAGGUCACAACUCACCCCAUACUUUAACCAACUCAAUCCGCAAAUUAGAUCACCUUUCUCUUUUUUCCUUUUUUUUCUAAACCAUGGGUUUUCUUUAACUCAGAGUUGGUCAGCAGCAUGCACGCAGGUGGUGGUCCUCAACUUUCUUUGGUACUUUUUAUGCCUGCUGUAUUUAGCUUAGGGAUAUACAUGUACAUGUAAGUACCACAUGCAUGUUGUUAGAUGAAAACAACUACACGGAAAAUGGCUUAACUCGUUUACUUUAGGUUAAUUUGUUUCAUGAGAUUUAUAAUAAAUUGAAGAAUGCCUGUGCUUUUGAACAAGAAGUAUAUAGCUUAAGAUUGAUGCCCUACUUUAUUGAUACAAGUCUUGCAGAAUGUCAUCUAAACCUGAUGAAUAUUGGGAUUUUUCUAUCAGAAAAGCCUUGCUCCCUGUCCCUUUUGCAAUAGAAAUUGUAAUGUGACAAAACAAGCACCAGGUUGUGUCUCACACAGCAGAUUAAGAGGUUAUUGGCAUGGUCAAGGUUAAUACCCUUGAUUACAGUAUGUGUUUCAAGCUUUUUGUGUGUUUUUGGACGUGUACAAUGUACAUGUACCUGGUUGAACCGCAAACUGAAGCGAGUUUUGGGAAGAUUCCCGACUAUUUCAAAAGAUGUACUACAUUUUAAGAGGUGGUCUAGUUGGUUGUUUCAGCAGAUUGUGUUGAUAGAAUUUGAGAUUUUCUUUACAGAUUUUUGAGAGGUAUUAGACAACUCUUGGAUGUGACCAUCAUUUAUAACUGAGUUGCUGUUGACUAUCCAAUUAGUCCAUUAGUGGGUUGAUUACUGAGAAAGCAGAAAUUGUGACCUUUCCUGGAACAUUCAAACAAAAAUACAGCUCAGUUGGUCAUUAGUUCUGAGUUGUCAUACAUUCAAAAAGUAAAUAUGCUGUAUUUUGUUUUAAUUGCUUUAAAAAUACAUUGUAGCUGAUUUUUAUGACUGAAAAAAAGUCACCAAAGAUGACAGGAAGUUUUAUGGUCCUUUUCGUUGUAUAAUUUGUAAAAAAGAAAAGUAAAAUUGAAGUAAGGUUGUGUUUGAUUUUUCAUCUGGGGCUUGGGACACAUUUUGAAAUUUAGAUUUUAUGUCUGGAAGUUACUGAUACAAUUCUUUUAACCCUAAAAGAGCUGGGUUAUUUCGGCCCAUGGGGGGGGGGGGAUUCCACCCCCUAAGAACUUGGCUGUGCCUCACUCUGGCUUUGAAACUUUGCAUGCAUCUAAAGACACUCCUUAUCAUUAAAAAUGGCAUGAGGUAUAAUUUUGUUGAUACAGUCAUUUGAAGUUCAAGGCUACAUGCAUAUCAACCAACGUGCAUUGAGCACCAAAGUGGUAUAAGUAUACAGAAGAAAGACUCCAGAAAAAUGCACACUGUGCAAGAACGGUACGUCCGAUUUUCACAAUAGUGGUGUCAAAAUGACUGCACAAAGGUACUGUAAAAACUCCUAAAGGUGCACCUGCACUGCAGCAUUAUCAGGAAAAAUGGGGGCGGCAGAGUCUGCCACGCCCCCGGGCUCUUUUAGGGUUAAAUUGAAAAAUUAUGGCAGUUUAAAAUGUGUCCAAUAAUUGGUGAAAGGCUGUAUAGUUUUCAUGUAUGCAGGACAUUUCUGAAAUUGCAUACAAAAAUUAAUUGCAUAAAAACUCCUUUUUGUAUUCACAGACUGUUUGAAACCAUUGGUGCUAAAUGUAUUAUGAAAAGGGUCACCAGAUUACGAGGAUUGAUUUUGAGAGGAGAAUCAGAAUAUGUUUGAAAAUUUAGGAUUGUUGGACCUCAACCACUGUAUUACUGUGUUAUUAGUAAUUUGUACAUAGUUAAAGUUUUUAAUAUUAAACGUCGUCUGUGAAUGCCAAGUUCUUUAUAUGGAAAGAUGAAACCUUGAUGUGACAGAAUCAUUUGUCUCUAUUGAUGUCAUGAAUAAUUUCCUAAUCAGCAUUGGAAUGCAUGGUGAAUCAGUGGUGGCAUAUUGCUUUUGCUACCCUGGCUGUCUUAGCCAAAUGUAUGGAUGAACCUACGGGGGGGGAUAUUUGUGACCUUAAGCAAGGCACAUGACUGCAGUUGCUUGUCUCACUUGGUACAUGUAGCAGUGUGUGACUUGGCAACAAGAGCUGGUAACGGCUACUGGUAGUAGUGCUCUAGUUGUCUAAUAUACAUGUUUUGGUGCCACCUGUGUUUCCCAUGCAGUUUGAAGUCCAAAAGUGUAAUUGCAAAUGUUAUUAUUUGAGCAGGCAUUCAAUUGUCCCUUGGCAAGCUGGCUUCCUCAUUUUUUGUAAUGUCUUGUUAGCUUGACCAGCUGAAAACCAAAGCCAUUUCUGUGGUGUCCGAGUACCAGUUAGUUAGUUAGACAGGCAAAUUCAUCACUUUGGCUUCCAAACUGGCUGGAUUUUUGCCAAUUUGGCUCCUUGAGAAUCAAAUGUUGUGCUUGGAAUCUCACAUUGCUUUCUAACUGAGGCCGUGUCCGAAACGGGCUUCCAGAGCUACAGCUAGGUCAAUUCUCUGCGCAUCUCCACGCAUUUCCAAUGGAGUGAAGACCUAGACCUAGCUCUAGACAAGAGAUUCGGAUGCAGCCUAAGCAUUCACACAGAAUUGUCACUUUUUAACAGCUCAGGUUUUUAAUACUAAGGAAUGCUCCAUGUUGUUCACGUCUGUUGUCAAAUGUGUAGCUGGUGUCCUUAAAAUUUAAUAGCUGUUCAUAACUGCAGCAUAUUUUCUUGUUGAAAAAGUAUGUUUUAUUCCUGAUAUAUCCAAGAACACCGAAAGGAAUUUAUGUAUCAUACUAAGAAAUCACUGUAAAUGUAUAUCACACAUUCAUUGUACUUGUUCUACUGAUGUGGAUAGUUUAUCAAAAAGUGAUAGUUGAUUACGUUUAAGAUGUUGUUACAUGUUAGCAGAAAGUUAAUGCCAGUUUUUCAGUGUUUCCUCAAUCUCAAGAAGUUCAGCUUUUGUCCUCAUCAGAAAGAUGGAUUUUGUUUGCAUCUUUUAAUAUUCCAAUUUUUAUGCUGUACAUUCCAUACAGAUUAUAUGCUCAACAUUAAGGGGAAUGGAAGCUUUUCUUCCAAUUGAUUUUAAUCAUCUCAUUCUUGGAAUGAUGGGAUUCCAAACCCAUUGUUGUUUUCAAAUCAAGUAUGUGAGUGGGCUCUCCACCACUGUAAAAACAACUGGCCAAACUGUAGAAAAAAAACAUAUGCUUCCAUUUGGAUCUUAGAAGUUGAAAUAAAAAACAGGUAUUUUCAUG